CGCCUCCCGAUGGGACAGGGGCGUGGGGCGAGCCGCCUACUUAUCUGUUAGUAGCACAGAAAGUUUAAAAAAGUUUUCUAAGUUGGGCUGCGUUUUGUGGAAUGUGUGUUUGGGAAGCGCGAGCGCGGAGUGUUAAAACUCCUAAAGUGAGUGCUUGAGUGGGCGCUGGUAGGGGCGUAGCCAAAAUGUUAAAGGUCGAUUUGGGGUGUGAUCCUGCGCGUGUCUCGGUGAGCUGGCAUGUCCUGGGAGGAAUUUCUUCACAGGAGGAGUGAUGAGCCAUCGGAAUGGAGUGCCCUGGGAGGCGGUGGAGUCACUGUGCCUGGGGCUGUCCCUGGCACUCAGUACCGUGGUCUGGGUGACGCGGCGGUGUUGAGUCAUGGGCUGGGCUCGGUGGUCUCAGAGGGCUGCUCCAGCCUCAUGGAUUCUGUGAUUCUGUCGCGUUGGAGUGCUGCUGUCGUGCUGCCAGCGCUGGUUCAGUAUCUGCGCUUCUGCAUGAAACGUGAAAGGCUGUUUGAGCAGUCGAUGCUGUUAAACUGAUAGGAGUCCAAAGUUUGGAGGGAGAGAUGGGCAGCUCUUAACUCUGUCAAUAGAGACUUUUGAAAGGCAUUUCAACUUUUGAACUUGACGCUGUGUAAAAUCCCGUACAGUGGAUUUAAAUCUAGUGGUAAUUGCUUUCUUUCUUCAUUACUUUUCAUAUAGCCCUUUAGAAGUAAUCCUGGGAUAAUCCCCGGGGAUAAUCUCCUAGGGCCUAUAGACUAUAGAUAGAAAACAACUGACUUAAGGUGCGGGGCAGGCUUCCUUCUUAAUUGGUUUUCUACAGCUUCCAUCUCCAGUGAGGUUUCACUGAUACAAAGCAGUGGUACAAGUUUGUAAAAGUUAAAAUUGGCGAUGUUUAUAUGCCUUGCAGGACCAAAUGCUUCACAGAUACAAAAGUUUUGCACAAUGCGAUAGAUACUAAAAAGAAGUUAUUAACAUAGCAGUUCAGUGGGAUUCUUAAAUUAGGAGCCCAGAUUCUAUAUAGGUUAUCUUGGAGAGGUUAUCUUUGGAAGAAUCAGUUGGUUCAGGUGUCCAGUGGAAGUACAGAAAUGUGUCCUGAGAAGCACAGGUGCAAAUCUAGUGCAGAUUUGAAGAUUGCAGUUGAGAUUCCCGUGUGCUGAGGGGAUGAUGAUUUAAUGAUGAUUCCCUAUGAUGAUUUAAGCUUUAGUCCUGUCAAAUCUUUAUUUUAUUGUUAGGAUAAGGUGAUGCUCUUGCCUGUGAUCCAGUCAUCAGCAUCUUCACCGGGACGAAGGAGACUCAGGUGCAGACUUCCCAGUGUAACUGGAAGAGGUUUCAUCAUAUGUCUGGAAAAUGCCUGGUCUGGCAAAUUACCACCCAGAAGAUCCCUUUUGGAGUUUGCUUUCUAAAGCACAAGGUUUAGGCUCCAGCUCAGUCAAACUUCGAGGGGGCUCGCUGUUUAUGAAUGUUGGGAAAUCAGAGAAGCAGGAAGAAGAUUUUAGACAAACGCCUCAUGUGAACAUCAAUCCCUUCACUCCUGAUUCCAUGUUCCUACACAACUCUGAAGGCAAAUGUCGUAGGAGGAAGAGGAUACACUGGAAUGACUCUUGUGGAGAGGACAUGGAACCAAGCGAUGGAGAGCCUGAAGAGGAAACCAUGAGACCUGCUAAGAGGAUAACAAUAACAGAAAGUAACAUGAAGUCACGGUAUGCAACCGAAUUCCAUGAAUUGGAGAAGAUUGGAUCUGGUGAAUUUGGCUCUGUGUUUAAGUGUGUGAAGAGGCUGGAUGGCUGCAUCUAUGCAAUAAAACGCUCCAAGAAACCCUUGGCUGGCUCAGUGGAUGAGCAGAAUGCUUUAAGAGAGGUCUAUGCACAUGCAGUUCUGGGACAGCAUUCUCAUGUAGUGAGGUACUACUCUGCAUGGGCAGAAGAUGAUCACAUGCUUAUACAGAACGAAUACUGCAAUGGUGGCAGUUUAGCAGAUGCCAUAAGUGAAAAUUACAGGAAUAUGCGUUACUUUACUGAACCAGAACUGAAGGACUUGCUGCUUCAAGUGGCUCGAGGUUUAAAGUACAUUCAUUCAAUGUCCCUGGUACACAUGGAUAUCAAACCUAGUAACAUUUUCAUAUCUAGAACAUCAGUCCCAAGUAUAACUCUAGAGGAAGGUGAUGAUGACGACUGGUCAUCUGAUAGAGUCAUAUUUAAAAUAGGUGACCUGGGCCAUGUAACUCGAGUCUCAAGUCCUCAAGUGGAAGAAGGUGACAGCCGUUUCCUUGCAAAUGAAGUCCUACAAGAGAACUACACUCACUUGCCAAAAGCGGAUAUUUUUGCUCUGGCUCUGACUGUUGUCUGUGCUGCUGGGGCUGAGCCACUUCCAACUAAUGGGGACCAAUGGCAUGAAAUUCGGCAAGGAAAACUGCCCAGACUACCACAAGUGCUUUCUCAAGAAUUACUAGACUUACUGAAAGUUAUGAUUAAUCCUGAUCCUGAGAAAAGGCCUUCAGCUGUGGCACUAGUGAAGCAUUCAGUGCUUCUCUCUGCCGCAAAAAAGAGCGCAGAGCAGCUCCGGAUAGAGCUGAAUGCUGAAAAAUUCAAGAACUCACUCUUGCAGAAAGAGCUGAAGAAGGCCCAGAUGGCGAAGGCCGCGGCCGAGGAGCGAGCGCUGUUCACGGACAGGAUGACCACGAGAUCCACCACACAGAACCGCCUGUCGCGGCUCAUCGGGAAGAAGAUGAACCGCUCCCUGAGCCUCACCAUCUACUAACCAGGGAGUGCAGAGGAACUGCAGAGAUGGCCAUGGCUCCUCUGCCAGGCCCAAGCCUGGUUUCUUACCCUGCCAUCAGUAUCACCAGUUUUACAGCUGUUACUUCUGGGUUUUUCCUUGUACUCUGUGGUUGAUUCUCUAUUAACCAUAGGAGUGAAUGGACUCGGUUACUCCCCUGUCUGUAGAGGAUCCUGGAUGUUAUUCCACAAUCCUUUCGGUUACACUGUUAGAUGUUACGUUGUCCCAGGGUUAACCACUAUAGUGGUGUGCUGCUUUGUAGUGUUACAGCAUUGUAAUAAAAAGCAAUAUCCCUGAUCUUUUAAGGAGGAGGGAAAGGGCCUUACUUUGAUAGUUAAUUUUUUUUUUUUUUUUUUUUUUGGAGCAGAGGGGGAAUAAAUUUUGAAAGACAGGCUUUAAGGCCACCUACAGUCAAUGUACCUGAUGACAGGUAGACUUUUGUUGUGAAUUUUAUUUGUGUAUUAACUGGGAGCACUUUGUAGGCAUUGCAUAAACCACAGCUUAGGAACCUGUGGAAUUAAGUGCCAUGUGGAACUGCUGCUAUUUUUAGUUCAAUUCCUUGCUGUAAACUGUAGCAUUAAAACAAUCAUUAUUUUGUUAAUAGGCUUCUUGUUCAAGCAGUUAAGUGAAACAAUGUAAGCUGCAUUUUAGUGAAGGCAGCAUUUUUCUCUAAAAGCUAGUGCAUUGUGGAAAAAAUGCACCAAUUUAAUAUUUGGACUCUGUAUUAGUGUAGUGCAAUUGUUAAUGUCUUUGCUAUUGAUGUUUUGUUCUUCUUUCUAAUAAGGUUCUCUGAAUGUUCGUAUUUUUCUUCAGUUGCCCAUUCUUGAGGCCUCUUGUAUGUUUGGGUUGGUUUUUUUUUGUGUUUGAAUACUUGUAAAUAGUUGUUUAGUGUGUUCAGGUUGUUUUUCAUUGUUUAUGUACAUAAGUUUGAUCAUGCUUAUAGUGUACUAUGCAGAAACUGCAGUCUAGGAUGCCAACAGACACAUCUUAACUAUUCAGUUUGGCGUUCCAAAAUGUGGAACAGAAUGUGGCCAAGGAACCAGUGCUGAUAUUGAACCUAGGCUGACAGAACAACUGUUCUGAUUACUGGCUUGUCUCUUCAUUCAUUUUACUUAAAAGAAUGUUUCCCUUUUGUGCUCUAUUUGUUCUUACUAGUGUUGGAUUUGAAUAUUAAAGUUAAAAGUUGUUUGUUUAAAAUCGUGUUAACACUUAUUUAACUUUGUAG